UCUCUUUUGGUAUUUGGUAUGGAAUUAAAAAAGAGAAUAGCCGUAAUCGGUGCCGGUGCAAGUGGAAUUGUUUCUAUUAAAAUCUGUAAAGAAGAAACUCUUCAAGUUUUGUGUUAUGAAAUGACAGAUAAAAUCGGUGGAUUAUGGAAUUAUCGAGAAGAAAAUAUUGAAGGUAUCGGCUCUGUUUGUCUAUCUACAGUCAUGAAUUCAAGUAAAGAACUUAGUGCCUUUAGUGAUUUUCCACCUUCCGAAGCUUAUCCCAAUUAUAUGCCUCAUUCUCUUGUGACUGAAUAUUAUCAAAUGUAUGCUAAGAAAAAUUCACUAUUUUCUAAUAUUUUAUUUAAUAGAAAAGUAAUUUCUAUCUGUCCUAGUCACGAUUACGAAGUUUCAGGAAAAUGGAAAGUAAUAGCUAUCAACUAUAAGACAAUGAAAGAAGAAGAAGAUAUUUUUGAUGCGGUUUUAAUUUGUACGGGUCAUCACUGUUAUCCAAAAAUUAUUUCUUUUCCAUGCCAAGAAAUAUUUAAUGGUAAAAUAAUUCAUUCUCAUGAAUAUAAGACACCUUUACCGUUUAAAAAUAAAAGAGUUUUGGUAGUUGGAAGUGGAAAUUCUGCCUUAGAUAUUGCAGUAGAUUUGUGUGGAACAGCAAAAGUGGUUUGCUUAAGUUCUCGCAGUGGAACAUGGGUUAUGCCAAGAGUUGGACCAAAAGGAUUACCAUUCGAUUCUAUAUUUCGUUCUCGUAUAUUUUUUCUUAUCAGAGAAUAUCUUCCUGAAUUUAUUGUAAAUACAUUUCUGGAAUACAUAGUAAAUUAUUAUUUUAAUCAUAAAUUAUAUGGCCUCAAACCAAAUUUUGGCUUUAUAAAUGGACAUCCAUCGACUAACGAUCUUCUUUCUUUUUACAUCAUUAACGGUUCGAUUACUAUAAAGAAAGAUAUUAAAACUCUUACAAAAUCAGGCGUAAUAUUUAUGGAAGACGAUGCAAUCGUUCCGAUUGAUGAUAUCAUUCUUGCUACUGGAUAUAAUGCUAAUUAUUUUUUUAUUGAAAAUGAUAUCGUUGAUUUUUCAAAGGGAUUAUAUAAAGAAAUUGUACCACCCGAUCUGAAACACAAUACUUUAGGAUUUAUUGGUUUUGUACAAUUAUUAGGAUCUUUCGUGCCAAUUGCUGAAAUUCAAGCGAGAUGGUUUGUGCAAGUUUUAAAAGGAAACAUAACCCUUCCAUCUAAAAUGAAAAUGCAAGAAUGGAUUCGUAACGCAAAAUCUAAGAGAAUUUCGCAAUUUGGAAACAAUGAUAGAUAUUCGCUAGAAAUUCGUGAAACUUAUAUAGAUGAAUUAGCCGCAGAAAUUGGUGCUAAACCUUUUUGGCUUAAAAUGAUUUUAUUUGAUCCAAAAUUAUUUUAUCACUGUCUGAUGGGCCCAUUUCUUCCUUAUCAAUACAGAUUAGAAGGACCUCACAGAUGGCCUGGAGCUAGAGAAGCCAUAUUGAAAUUCAAACAAAAAUUAUUU